AUGGAGGAGAACAUGGUGGAAGACCGGUGCUCUGAUAAUGGUGUCUCGACGUUUGACGACGGGCUCCACUGCAACUGCAUUGCGAAGACGGUGGACAACGGUGGACUCGAGAGCAAGAGGUUUUACUUGGCUCGCACGACAGUCUUUGAGAUGCUUCGCGACAGAGGCUACCAAGUUUCCGACGCCGAGCUCUGUCGCUCUCUCUCUGAGUUUCGCUCUGUUUUUGGUGAAAAGCCAGACCUUGAAAGCCUCCGUAUCUACGCGCCUCUUAGCUCAGAUCCCAACAAAAAGAUCCUUGUUGUGUUCAUGGGGUCUGAACCAAUCACUGUGAAAUCAAUCCGUGCUAUUCAUAGUCAGAUUUCCAGCAGUCAAGGCUUGCAUGGGCUGAUUCUGGUCUUACAGAGCAAAAUGAACCACUUUGCCCACAAGGAAUUGACAACCUUUCCGUUUAAAGUUGAAACUUUCCCGAUAGGAGAUUUGUUGGUGAACAUCACGAAGCACGCUCAGCAGCCAAAGAUUGAGAUCUUAACCAAAGAGGAAAAAAACCAAUUGCUGAAGGAGUAUGCGCUUGAGGACAAACAGCUUCCUUAUUUGCAGGAGAGUGACAGUUUCGUGAGAUACUAUGGGUUGAAGAAGAAACAGGUGGUGAGGGUUACAUACAGUAAAGAGCCUGUUGGGUCUUUCGUCACAUACCGAUGCAUCAUCUGA